AUGUCCGCAGCCAGUGAUACUUUUUAUAUUCGCUACUACUCUGGUCACCAAGGUCGACAUGGCCACGAGUUCCUUGAAUUCGAUUUUCGAGUGCUAGGGGAUGGAGGAAGCGCGUCUGCACGAUAUGCGAACAAUUCCAAUUACCGCAAUGACUCCCUGAUUCGGAAAGAGAUGUGUGUGAGCGCGCUUCUCGUCGACGAAAUAAAGCGUAUCAUCAAGACCAGUGAAAUCAUGAAGGAAGACGACAAAAACUGGCCGCAGAGGAACAAGGAUGGACGACAAGAGUUGGAAAUAAAACUAGGAGGAGAACACAUUUCUUUCGAGACUGCGAAGAUUGGCUCUCUUGUCGAUGUUACCGAAUCGCAAGAUCCUGAAGGACUUCGUGUGUUUUACUAUCUCGUACAGGACUUGAAAGCACUGGUCUUCUCGCUGAUAGCACUUCACUUCAAGAUUAAACCUAUAUGA